AUGUUUCUUGCAUUCAGACUGAAGUAUGAAGAUUUUUACAUACGCAGUCACUUCAGAUGGGAGAGUAUUCAAAAAUUUAUAUAUCUGGCGCAUGCUUUUUCGACAACUUGUUCAAGCUUUGAUAUGUUUUCAAAAGUUUUAGUUGUUAAAGUUCACGUAUUCGAAUAUAUAAUAUACACAAUAUUUAUAGGUAUAAGUUACAUGUUUAUGGAUUUCUUUAUAAAACAAUAUUCCAGAAGAUUAGACACGAACAAACAUUUGAAUCCACUGUUAAGGGGUAUUUCGUUUGGUAUUCUAUUGCAAACGGCGCUUUGGACGAUACUGCAUGCAAGUGACUUAGCUGAUUCAUUGAGAUACUUCUUCAUCAGUAUGAAUGCUUCACCGAACUGGUCAAAAUGUAAAAAUAUUCGGGCAAAUAUCACCUGUAUGCCAUCGCAAGAUAUCGUAGUACAUUGCGACUACCGCCUGAAUGGGGCGAGAUGGAGUCACGCUAGCAAUCGCCACCUCGCCCCGGCGGCCCGGCACAAUGAGGGGUGGCUUCGCUUACAACAAGGCCAUCCCUCAGACAUGUGGGAUCGUGUCGUGUGGAGCGUCGAGGUGUCUGGCGGCCCCACACUCAUGGCAGGCCGGAGUUACCUCCUGUCUCACGAUAUGGUGCAGGUACAGGUACUUACCGAAGCACCCGUAUCCGGAAAAUACCUGCAUCAAACGGAAGGUGAGCGGCCCGAACCACCGCCUCAACUACUUCCGAAGGACCGGCAUGACCGCAUCCACCGACUACUGCCCGGGGACUGGCAGGGUCAGCUUCUCCGUCCACCGCCGAGGGCUUUUUCAAACAACGAUAAACACAGUUUGUCGACGCGUCUCUUUGUGAUUGCCAUUGUGUGGAUCGGUAAUUUUUUUAUCACGACCAUAACGGACAGUGCUCUUCUGACGAUUUUUAAAUUUUCAUUCAUUUGGGGAACAUUUUCUACGGCUUUCAUUUUAAUAUUUUUACUUUUUUCAACCAAAUAUACCAUCAAAGCAUUCUAUGAUAUAAUGGAUAUAAAAGAUUUCUUUCAUCGUAAUGCAUUUAAUUUGAUAUCAGAUCCAUUUGGUGUAGGACUUAUAGGUGUCUACGAUUUUGGAACAAUGUCACCUUUUACGAUGAUCGAUAACGCCGUCAUUAUAUUCGCAAUAGUAUUUGUAGUGUCUGCCUUUGCACGGUCACUAAUAGUGCGAGUUCUAUACUUGGUGCUAACAAACUGCGUGGACACGAAAGUUGUGGAAACUCCACAUUAUUUACUAUUUGCGAUAUUGCCAUUGAGCACAGAAUUCAUGAACGCUCAUAAAAUAUUUAUAGUUUACAUAUAUUCGUAUAUGACUACUGCCCUGGUUGCUUGCUUGGCAAUGUUUACUUCAAUUAUAUCAAGGCUCUUGCACAGCGAGUUUCGUUCGGUGAAGAAUAUUUACAUCGUCGGAUUAUUUUGUUUCUUGGGUUUCAACUUAUCCUUGCCUUUGAGUACCUUGACGAAGCAGAAAAUGAGGGGCAUUAUGUAUGGGCUGAAUACGUGUAGUCUUUACUUUGGUGGUGUCAAGGUGGCGAUCGUGAUGUGGCUAUACGGUGUUCAAACGUUCUCUACCGAUAUACACUUCUGGCUUGGCUUCAAGCCUACGCAGUUCUGGAAGUGUAUUUGGGCAAUGUUGCCAGUCGUUAUAAUGACGAUUUUGUGUAUAAAUAUUAUUAGUAUAAAGAAUUUAAAUGACGAAUCUCAAAAGGGUAUGGCUUUCACGUGGAUAGCUCUAUCGUUGUUAAUACAAUUAAUAAUUAAUUCUAAAAUGAUAGCAAAGUACAUAAUGCGAAAUAAUUUGGUAGGAAUUUUUAAAAGUAACUUUAAGUAUGGCCCUCCAGAAAUUGAUGAUCGUAAGAGGAGAAAAUACUUCGACGAAAUAGCAGAGAGCAGGCAGUGUCAGCAUAAUUGUAUGGUUCUGGAUGAAGGAUACGAAUGCAACCACAUGCCCCUCAUAUAUAAGAGUAGAUCGAACAUUUCCAGCAAUGAAUCAUCACUGACGAAUAUAUAUGAAGGGCCGUCGGGAAAAAGAACAUCAAGCGUCAUCGACGUCUCCGUUCUUCAUACCAAUUAAAAUACACGUACACUUUGUUUUGAGAAAUAAAAACUUUUUUUGAA